GCGAAACGCCCACUAUUUCUAUGGUAACACUACAGAACGUUGCUCUCAAGGCAGCAAUGGUGUAAUAAAGUCAAAUUUGGGACUGAUCUGAUGUUAUUCCACGAACUCUAAAGAUGACACAGUCCAUAGUGGUUCAAGUUGGUCAGUGCGGGAAUCAGGUGGGAUGCCGAUUCUGGGACCUCGCGCUCAGAGAACACGCACACGUCAAUCAAAAGGGAGUUUACGAUGAGGCCUUAAGCAGCUUUUUUAGAAAUGUCGACCCAAGGAGAGCUGGUGGAGCAGACUCUACAGGGGGCAGGAUCACAGCUCUGAAGGCCAGGGCUGUGUUGGUGGACAUGGAGGAGGGAGUCUUGGGCGAGAUUCUGCAGGGGCCGUUGCGUCAGCUCUUCAGCAGCACACAACUCAUCAGUGAUGUCUCUGGUUCAGGGAACAACUGGGCUGUCGGGCACCACACAUACGGCUCAGCCUACAGAGAGCAGAUUGUGGAUCAGGUCCGCAGGGCUGCAGAACACUGUGAUUGCCUUCAAUGCUUUUUUCUCGUUCACUCCAUGGGAGGAGGGACAGGAUCGGGUUUAGGUACAUUUGUGUUGAAGCUUCUAGAAGAGGAGUUCCCAGAGGUCUAUCGGAUAGUAACCUCUGUCUACCCGACAGCAGAAGAUGAUGUCAUCACCUCUCCUUACAACAGCGUCCUGGCCAUGAAAGAACUCACUGAGCAUGCAGACUGUGUCUUGCCUGUCGAUAACCAGUCUCUGGUGGAUAUUGUUGGUAAGAUACAGCAUAUGUCCCACACUGGAAAACUUGGCAGUGUCAUCAAGAAGGAAUCAACCAUCAUUUCUGGGCAGGGAGGGAUGGUGAAGGUUGAGAAGCCCUUUGAUGCCAUGAACAACAUUGUGGCCAACCUACUUCUUAAUAUUACCAGCUCAGCACGGUUCGAGGGCUCUCUCAACAUGGACCUAAAUGAGAUAGCCAUGAACCUGGUGCCUUUCCCACAGUUACACUACCUGGUGUCCAGUCUCACUCCCCUCUACACACUCGCAGAUGUCAACGUGCCACCGCGCAGGCUCAAUCAGAUGUUCUCAGAUGCGUUCAGUAAGGAUCAUCAGCUGAUCAGAGCCGACCCCAAACACAACCUGUAUCUGGCCUGUGCUCUCAUGGUGCGAGGGAAUGUUCAGCUGUCUGAUCUGCGCAGGAACAUUGAACGGCUAAGGCCCACGCUGCCAUUUGUCCCAUGGAAUCAGGAAGGAUGGAAGACCAGCCUGUGUUCUGUCCCUCCUGUUGGCCACACCCACUCCCUGCUGGCCCUGGCCAACAACACUUGUGUCAAGUCCACAUUUAGUGAACUACGGGAGCGUUUUGUGAAGCUCUACCGUAGGAAGGCUCACCUGCAUCACUAUCUCUCAGUGGAUGGCAUGGAGUCAGCUGGAUUCAGUGAGGCACUGUCAUCUCUCUCAACUCUUAUCGAGGACUACACGCACCUGGAAAGCCCUAUCAUGCCCAAUGCCCCUAGAUUUACCAUUGCCACCUGACUUGAAACAAAAAUGAAAAUGACACUGAAAGCGGCUUUUUGCGAGAAAGUGGCGUUACCGCUUGCAUGCACCAUAUAAGCAGCUUUCCCUUUACUCCCAUUUACACACGACUCAGUCAGUAAACAGCUUUCUUCACAGCCAUGUAAUUACCCCGUGAUGCUUGUGUAAAUAACAAACAACAUGGCACUUGUUGCUGUGUUUGUUUCCUUGACGUUCUAUUGCGAACUCACUGCAAUAAUGGGGUUUCCCUCUCACAUAAAACUCUGGGAUUCCCUCAAUAUAGGAGCGCAUAUUCGCGAAUGUGUGGGACAGACGAUAUUUUACAUUGGUAUGUAUAAAUGGCUAUAGUUUAUAGUGUAUGUGCAUUUCCCUCUGUACUCCCAGAAAUGUUAAAUUCUUUCCACUGUGUUGACUUGUUAUUAUCAGGGCUACCACGUGUCCUGGAAAUCCUGGAAAACCUGGAAUUUUGCAAUGCAGUUUUCCAGUCAUUGGAAAAUGAGAAAAAUACCUAAAUGUCCUGGAAAAUAAUAGUUUAUCCUGGAAAAUUAUUAGUUAUUAUUAUUAUUAGCGUAAUAAAACUGUUUGCGUGUGUCACUGACAAGGUUUUUGUUACGUGUAUUGAUGUAGUGCAAUUUUUUUUUUCUUUUCGUUCCAACACUGCUGUAGUGUUAAAUACAAAACCAUUUGAGUUGUACAUUUGAACAUAACAACGAUGCUCAAACUGAAGAUUUUAUUUUUGUAUUUUUUACACCGAGGUGGUAGCGUGGUGAUGCAGCCUUUACACCUCAGUAUGUAAAUUCAUUUUCAAUCAUUCAACACUGGAGUCUGCUUAUACCUCACUGAAUCCAGUCAUAAAAAUUGCAUUAGCUAUAAAAUGUGGAAUGUCAUGGAAUUUGACAUAUUUGGGAUGAAAAUGCAUAAUUAAUUUAAUUAGAAUCUCGAUAUGUUCAAGUGUGAUUAUUUGCACAUUAUGCUUGUGCCUCGUGCUCCAAAAUAAAUGUGUGAAGGUGGUCGCUCGUAUGCUGAAAACACCUUAUCAUGAGCAUCACACAUGCUUUAGAUGUGUGUCGUUGAUGACAGUGAGCAGAAUGCUCUGAGGUGUGUAGCACAUACAGACUACUGUAUAUACACUCAGUGAUCACUUAAUUAGGAACACGUACACCUACUUAUUCGUGUGAUUAUCUAAUCAGCCAAUUGUGUGACAGCAGGGCAAUGCAUAAAAUCACGCAGAGACAGGAAAGGAGCUUUAGUUAAUGUUCACAUCAACCAUCAGAAUAGGGAAAAAAAAAAAAUUUGAUCUCAGUGAUUUUGACCGUGGCAUGAUUGUUGGUGUCAGAUGAGCUGGUUUGAGUAUUUCUGUAACU